AUGGACCCAGAAAGCAAUUUUGAUGUGGACCCGGACAUCGCGGCUGCGAUGGGCUUCGGCGGCUUCGGCUCUCAGACCAAAGGAAAGCGCAAGUUCGACUCCAAUGAUGGCUUCGUCGGCAAAGCUCCAUCAGCUACAGGUGCCAAUAGCAUGCCGAUGAGAGAUCACAAGACUGUCAAAGUCGUCCAGGGAAGUGAGAGCUUUGAAAACUUGCAGCGCGGCACGACUCUGGUGCCCUACGAUCCCAAAACACAAGAAAGUCCGAACUUGGAAAGUCUUCGAUAUGGCGUGCGAAACACCAAAGGCGACAUGGUCUACUUUCUCCCAAGCUUUCUCGAGAAUCCUUGGGCAGGUCUCAGGGCACGAUGA